UUUGCUGUAUGUGACAAAAUAAAUGUUCGAGCUAAGAAACUGCGUAGCAAGACUUGGAGAACCUUUAAGCCAGUCAAGCUGAAUUAAUCCUUGAAGAAACAAUACAGUGCAUUGUUUUGCCUUUUGCUGUUCUCCUUGAUCUGCAUAAAUUAUGUGCUAUGUAUUGUGUUAAAUGUAUUAACAGUACAACAUUUUUUGUAUUUACCUUUGAAGAUUUUCACAGGGUCUAAGACUUCGUCAAAUUGACAUGAUGGAAGACAGCAUUGCAGCCAGUUCAGCAACUCUGACCAAAAUGGCCAGAAAAAUAAGGGAGGUAUGUGUAUUUGCGAUGGAGAGGUUGAGAAGGCGGACACGCCAGCAGAUUGGUGGGAGAAGGGAGUUUGUAGUCCUUGAUGAGAGCCACUUUCGACACAAACGAAAGUAUGGAAGAGGAAGAAUGGCUGGUGCGUGGGGCCGGCGGAAGUGGGUAUUUGGGAUGCUUGGCGUGAAUGGAAAGUCAAGAAAGCCAGUUCUGCGCCUUGUGGAGAAACGGUCCAGGGGGGACCUUGUGCCUUUAGUGGUUCAACAUGUCAGACCUGGGACAUCAAUCGUCAGUGAUGAAUGGCGUGCCUAUCGUGUACUGUCAGUACUUGGGUACAAACAUCAUUCUGUGAAUCACAGUAGGUGGUAUGUUGAUCCCCAUACUGGGGCUCAUACUCAACAUGUGGAGAGGGCCUGGCGCACUUACAAGGAGCAGAUUUGGAGACUGAGGGGAAAUCGUUCUGAAAGUCUGCUGUCUGACCAUUUGUCCCUCAUAGAGUGGAACGAGUGGCUGGCGAAAAAGCACCACCAUGGUGCAUUUGGUCAGCUAAUGCACGACAUCUCAAAGAAAUAUAAGUAGGCCUAGGUAAUGUUAAUGAGGUUUUUAUUUUUUUUUAGAUACAUUUUUUUGGGGCUUUUUCCCUUCAUUGGACAGUGUCAGUGGAUAGACAGGAAAGGGAGAGAGAGAUGGGGGAUGACA